AUGAGCGCCACCGUCUCACGGCAUUUCGUGGCGGAGAAGGUCAAGGCGCUGUGUGUAGUGAGCGACGUGUGCUACACGUCCGCGACGGCGCUGAGUAAGUACGAUGUCCUUCCUGCAGUAGCGUCUGGCGGCUGGGACAACGAGAUCAAUCACAUCACACUGCACGCGCCAGUGCGUCCGACGCUGGACGAACUGAGUCUGCGUCGAGAGUUCUCACACGAAGCGACCGAUGGGGGACGUCCGUGCGAGCUGAAGACAGUGGCUGCGACGGAGCACGAGGGAGGCGUGAACGCGUUGCAGUUUGUAGUCACUCGAGACGAAAAGUUGCUGGUCAGUGCAUCGUCCACGGGCGGCAUCUUUGCCUACCGCGUGUCGUCUAGCACGACAGCUGACGAUACCGCCAUGACGGACGAAGACGCGGACGGGAUGUUGACAGCGCUGGCGAUGCCGCAGUGGGAACAAGUGUUUGCUGGCACUGCAGCGACGUGCGUCGAGGUCAGUGAAAGCCGCACAAGUCUCGUGGCUGCCAGUGCUGACGGAGCUCUGGCGUGGCUGAGACUGGAUGAAUUCGCGAGUGUCGUCAAAAUCGAACGCAAGGACAUGAGCAGACUGCCGAUCAAUGCAGUAAAGUUUCUCGGCCGCGACUCUGUCGUCGCUUCUGUUGGCUCGAGCCCUGCGGGCCAGCUACGGAUCUGGGAUCUCGCAGCGGAUAACCAGUCCCCCAUUGCGACCUGUCCGGACACGCGCUCAAGAUCGUUUUUGACUUCGCUCGAGACCCACCCAACGCGACCCGAGCUACUUAUUACAGGAGCCGCUGAUGGUUGUGUGAGCUUGUGGGAUCGACGUAAACUUGCUGCACCGUUCCGAACUGAUACGCACCACCAUCGUGCCGUUCGGGCACUGAAGGUCCACUCUGCACAGCCUCGGUAUCUCUACACGGGUAGUGACGACGCCGUGGUGAACCGCUGGGACUUUCACCAUGGUCGCAACCCCUCCGAUCCUGUCGAAUAUGAGCGAUACAGCGGGUCUGCAAGCAGCGACAGCCAAAGCGUGGUCCCGUUCGACCCGCUUGUCACGCCUUCCAGCGGACAGUCUGAGGAAUUGGGGGGCCUCCGUGUCCAGCAACUCACUUCCGGGUCCCAGCCAUGGAACGCUGUGGCGAUUCACGCCGAGUCUGAUGUGCUGGUCGCAGGCUCUGACGCACAGACCAUAAUGAUUGUGCAGAACGUGUCGCAGUGGCAGCAGUAG